CAUCGAUUAUUUCGCAUUUGUGGCUUCUACCCUGAGUGAAGUUACCGUAGCCAUCACUUCCCGCGUCGUAAUUUUUAUAAACAUAUUCAAGUUGUAAAUUCCAGGCAAUUUCAAAACGCGAGUAAAAAAACUCACCCGAUACAAUUGGACGCGCUUUUUCAUAAAACUCAUAAAGAUUCAUUUUCAAACAUCGAUGGCAGAAUUUAGAAUAAGAAAUUUUUUUAAAUAAACAAAACUCGUAGAAAUUCUCUACUAUCGUCUCUCAAUCGAUCCGCGGUAAAGAAUUCACCUCGUAUAACAUUAGAGGUCAAAAGUAUUUCUCAUCAUUUGUAACAUGUUAUUUUUAUUCGUUAAUCUACUGCAAAAGUGUUAUAUGAAUCACAUCGACGUUACUGUGGUAAAAAUUUCUUUGCUAAUUUAUUGCAAUAAUAAAAUCGUUUAAUAUCAAUUUAAAAAAGGCAAGAAUUAAAUUCGAAGUGUGAAUAAAAAGUAGCAUACCUGCACCGUAUCGCAAUGGCACGUAUGGUAUACGAGUGUAAUCUGGGACUUCGUAACGAAAAUUACACGGCUAAUGGUCCGGUAUUUUGUACACCAGAUAAGCAAUAUUGUUGCAAUCCACAAUGUUGUCUUAUCCAGCGAAGACCGAGCCGCCAGCUUUGGGAAGCAUGGUAUUUUUGGCUCGGGCUUGCAUUGCUCGCUCUCUUCCUUCUGACAUCGGUGAGCAGUUACUUGAUGAGCAGUUGCAGGCACAAUCUCAACGCAUCGCCAUUUGGAUUUAAUUUUAUGAAUCAAGGAUCAAUGGGAAACGAUCAUCAAAACAAUCUUGACAAUGCUAAUCAUAUAUCAAUAAACGUUAUAGCAACACCAGAGCCACUUUCUUCCCACAGAAAAAUGGUCCUAGUUGCACCCAGACCAAGUCUCACCCACAUGACACCGAUCGUUGCGUGAAACAAACAGAAAAGAAGAGAAUUAGUUGAUUUGUCCUAUAUAUUUCCAACUACACACUUGAAGAAAUCUGAUACAUCUCCGAAUCAAUAAUUUAUUAAUAAAUAAUAA